UGCAUAGUACAUAAUAAGAAACUUGACUUGAACAUUGAAUAGUCAGAUCCCAAAACCGACUUCAAAUAACACACAACACAAACAAUGUUAACAAGAACCAAAUCCUAAAACCAAAACAAAACAAAAGAAAAAUGAAAACUUUCAAACUCCACCACCACCACCACCACCACCACCACCAAUUCUCCACCCUCUUCUUCUUCCUCCUCCUCCCUUUCCUUAACUCCCAAACUCCAACACAAGUAAACAACACAGGCUACACCUGCAACAACAACAACAACAACAAAAACCAAACAAACAACUAUCCAUGUCAAUCCUACGCAUUCUACAGAGCAACCUCACCAAACUACCUCGACCUAGCCACAAUCUCCGACCUCUUCUCACUCCCUCGCUUAACCAUCGCAAAACUGUCCAACAUCUCUUCACCUUCCACUCCUCUAAUCCCCAACCAACCCCUCCUCAUUCCCAUAGCCUGUUCCUGCAACUUCAUCAACACCACUUUCGGUUCCAUCUCUUACUCCAACAUCACCUACACCAUCAAACCGAAAGACACUUUUUUCCUUGUUUCAACUAUAAACUUCCAGAAUCUCACUACUUACCCUUCCGUUGAAGUCGUUAACCCCAAUCUCGUUGCUACUAAUCUCUCUAUUGGUGAUAAUGCUGUUUUCCCUAUCUUUUGUAAGUGUCCGGAUAAAACCAGAAACAGUUCCAGUUUCAUGAUUUCUUAUGUUGUUCAGCCUUUUGAUAAUGUUUCAUCUAUUGCUUUGAUGUUUGGAGCUAGUGAAAAGUCUAUAGUUGAUGUUAAUGGUCAGAAAUUACAUGAUUAUGAUACUAUUUUUGUUCCUGUUACUAAAUUACCCGUUUUGAAACAACCUAGUACUGUUGAUGUUCCUUCUCCGGCACCGAGUGGGAAUUCUAAUGAUGGUGGUGAUGAUAAGAGUGGAAUUGUUAGAGGGUUGGGUAUUGGAUUGGGGAUUUUAGGGUUUUUGUUGAUUUUGAUUUUGGGGAUUUGGUUGUACAGAGAGAUUCUGUUUAAGAAGGAAGAGAAAGGGAAAGAUUUGUAUUUUGGGGAGAAAGGGAAAAAAGGGGAUGAUCAUAAGAAGAAGGGGAUGGAUGUGAAUUUUAUGGCUAAUGUUUCUGAUUGUUUGGAUAAGUAUAGAGUUUUUGGACAUGAUGAAUUGGUUGAAGCUACGGAUGGGUUUGAUGAAAGUUUUUUGAUUCAAGGGUGUGUUUAUAGAGGUGAAAUUGAUGGACAAGUUUAUGCUAUUAAGAAGAUGAAGUGGAAUGCUUAUGAAGAGCUCAAAAUUUUGCAGAAGGUAAACCAUGGGAAUUUGGUGAAGUUGGAAGGGUUUUGCAUAGAACCAGAAGAAUCAAAUUGCUAUUUAGUCUAUGAAUAUGUUGAAAAUGGAUCUCUAUACUCAUGGUUACAUGAAGACAAAAAUGAAAAGUUGAAUUGGGUAAGAAGACUAAGAAUAGCCAUUGACAUAGCCAAUGGUUUAUUAUACAUUCAUGAACACACAAGACCUAAAGUUGUACACAAAGACAUUAAAAGUAGCAACAUUCUCUUGGACUCAAACAUGAGAGCUAAAAUUGCGAAUUUCGGUCUUGCGAAGAGCGGAAUAAAUGCAAUUACAAUGCACAUUGUAGGAACACAAGGCUACAUUUCACCCGAAUACCUAACCGACGGUGUCGUGUCGACAAAGAUGGAUGUGUUUUCCUUUGGUGUUGUGUUGUUGGAGUUGAUUUCGGGGAAGGAAGUGAUUGAUGAGGAGGGAAAUGUUUUGUGGGCUAGUGCUAUAAAAACAUUUGAAGUGAAAAAUGAACAAGAAAAAGCUAGGAGACUUAAGGAAUGGUUGGAUAAAGCCAUUUUAAAGGAGACAUGUUCAAUGGAAAGUUUGAUGGGUGUACUUAAUGUUGCUAUUGCUUGUUUGCAUAGAGAUCCAACAAAGAGACCUAGUAUUAUAGAUAUUGUUUAUUCACUUACUAAAUGUGAAGAGAAUGGAUUUGAGCUAUCUGAUGAUGGGUUUGGUUCACAAAGUUUAGUGGCUAGGUGAACUAGGUUAUUGUGUUAGACUAUUUGGUUUUAAGAAUUAGUUUAAGUGUGUGAUCAUUGAAAUAAGUUAAUUUUAAGGUGAUUAUUAUGGAUGUAUGUGAUGUGAUUGCUAUUGUUCAUUGUUAAUUAUACUAUGAGAUGCAUGAAUUUUGUACCUA